AUGGUCGAUCCCGCGGCGGCGGCGUUCGCGUUCGCGUUCGCGUUCGCGUUCGGGCCCCCGCCGGACGCGAUAGCGCCCGCGCCGCCGCCGACGCCGGUGACGCCGGCGCCGCCGCUGUGCGCCGCGGCGACGUGCGCGUUCGGCGCGAACGCGCUAGGGGGCGCGUGCGCGUGCGCGCUGUUCUCGAGAUCGCCCGCCGCGCCCGCCGGAACGAGUUGCGCCCCCGCGUCUCCGUCGGUCUCCAUCCCCGUCGUCUCCGCGGCGUUCGCGUGCGUCGCGAGCGCGCCGUCGCCGCCGCCGCCGCUCGCGGCGUUCGAGCCUCCCGCGGAGUCCGCGGGCGCGGGCGGCGUCAUGCUACAGGGCGCGCCCUUUUGA